GGUGUUUGUAAUAAGUUGAGACGCUCCAGCGGCACAAUUUCUCACAGCCGAGAAGAUGCACAACUGGCAGGAGAACGAAAUCAAAGAACUUCUGACCAUUCGGGGCUCGGAGGCGAUCCGAAACCAGAUCACAGGCACGGUGAAGGACUCGGUAGUUUACAACAGGAUGACCAAACUGCUGGCGGAGAGGGGGGUGUACAGGUCUCACAUGCAGGUGAUCAGCAAACUGAAGGCGCUGAGGAAGCAGUACAUCAAGUAUCACCAGCAGAAGACCCGCUGCGGGAGCGACCGCGUCGACUGGCCGUUUUAUGAGCAGUGCCACCGGGUGUUCGGGAAUGCCCCCGUGGGCAACCCGCUGAAGCGACACCGGAGCCCCACGCCCCCACCCGCACCCUCUCCUCCGUCGCCGCCCCUUCCUCCGCCGCCGCCUGCCAUCAGCGAGGAGCAUCAGGGGGUCGUAGUCGGCCUGUGGGACGAGGUGGACGAGAGGGAGAUCAACAAGCAUCUGGGUCCAGUGGAGGCGGAGGACGACGAGGAGCAGUACAGCCCGUCAGAACAGCUACAGCCCAACAACACCAUGUACACGGUCCCAUCGAAGAAGAAGAAAACGACGGUGAUGGAGCAAGUCUCUACGCUGGUGUCGGCGACGGUCGCCCAGCUCAGGGAGAUGGAUGCGUCCAUGCAGGCGCAGGAGGACGCCCGGCUGCAGAGGCUGAUGGACCACGAGAAGGAAAUGCAGAACAGUCUAAUGAGUCAGCUGGUCGCCAUGCACGAGCGGAUCAGCCGAGAAAACCACGAGAGACAGCUUGAACUCGUGGACAGGAUACUCUCUCGGUUCCCUUCACCUUCAGCACCUUCAGGCCCCUGACUGACACUUCCUGUGCGAGUGACGACGGUGUACAGCAGGGUUAUUCAGGGUUAGGCAAACACUUGGGCCUCUCCUCUCCACCAGCUGACGAGUGCCUACGCCCACAUUUCUUUUGUUUUCACACUAUUUCUCAGCAUGAGGAGAGAUAAAGAUCGACUGGCCUUUAACCUCGAUACAAACAGUAGGUUAAAAAUCCGGCCAUGUUCGCACCACAGGCCUGAGUUAACCCUUUAACACUCCAGUUGUGAACUGACGGCGGUGCUGAAAAGACACACAAGUGCAAAGGAGCAGGAACAAAACACAAUUUGAAAGGAAUAAUAAUGCUGCACCACAGUAGUCGACUGUAGCGCCAUCAUACCACUUGUAAAAAGAAUUUGAUGAAUGCAUAUUGCUACACAAUACACAAAAUAUAGCCCGACACGGCAGAUGGGUUAUUACACAGAACCAUCUGGGGGGUGGUGCGCAGAGACUGUUUGGAAAAGGGCAGGCGUUUUCAAGAAAUACUUGUUUUUGCUCUUCUUUGUGUGAAGAAAUGCUCUCCAGUUCUGAUUCAACUGAUGUGUAGUAGCAUGGAGGCCAACCUCUCCGGGAGCCGCCAUCGUUGUUGCAGCCAGUAGUUCCUCAGAAGGUGCUGAUUAGUCUGAACGCGCUGAAAGCCCCAAGCACUUAGCAUGAAGCCGGGUGGGAUGGGUUCUCUCAUCCUGUGAUCUCUAGCUAGACUAAGACUCUGUGGAGUUAUGCUAUAUAUGUAUGAUCGUGUAGAGCAUAUCAAACAAAACCAGUAAUUUACAGAUUUAUAAUUAUUAUUAUAUAAACAUUUUCUGACUCAAAACAAGGUUGAAAAUCUGUACACGGAAUCAGAACUAGAUCAGUCUGAGUCACAUGAGGCUGAAGAUCUGAAUUUGGAGACUGGACACCUGCCAUGUGAACAUGGCCUUCAGUUAACUGAUGUGUGGAUGGAUGUCCUGUUCCGGUCCCACCACCUCACCUGAACGUGCUGGUGUGAUCCGUGGACCGGACCCCUCAGCAAAAGCAGACCAAAUCACACCGGCAGCUGCUGCCUUUUGUUGUAGGAGACUCUUAACUGAGCAUUUGAAGAGCUGUUUUAAAGUGAGACUUCAGGGAACAAUCAUAAGCAAGAACUGCUGGUGACAUCGGUGAAAUCUGGCAGGUAGAGAAAGCGUGGCUGUCGAACGCUGAGGUGGAUAUGUGUUUCAGCCACGUCACCCCUCAGUGGUUCAGAGUCUGUUUGCAGCGCAGGUCAUGAAUCAUGUGCUGAUGGAUAUUGUAAUGAGAGUACACACAGAAACAGAUAUUUUCAAAUCCUGAGCUUUAUUAGAAAUAUCCAUUCAGAAAUACCACGCAGAUAAACCAUAAGCUGCAGUGCGACAGUUAAAGAAACCGCAGCCGGUGCUCCAGUCGCUGUUCUCGGCGUCAUUCUUGGCUGACACGAAAUUCCCGGUUGCGUUUCCUGCUGUCAGCAAUCCGGGAGAAAACGUGUCAUUGAGGAAAAACACCUUCUGCAUCAGACUGCAACAUCAGACAGACUUCACCCCACACACUCCGGUGCAGCCUGCUCAUGGCAGCACAGCCUCACUGGUUUCACUUUCCUUGUUGAUUUGAGAGAAACAAAACUGCAAUUCCACCUUAAAUGUCUUGUAUGAAUCAGACUGGGUGGACUAUAAGAUGAGCGGACUUUGGUUUUAUACUUGUGGCUCAGUCAGCUGGGAUGUGCAUUUUUAUUGUAGAUACUUUUAUACUGUUACAAGUGUUUUACUGUUUUAAGUUUAUUGCUUUUUUCAUUCAUGGAACAAUAAAGUUUUCAACUGAAAUCAUGUGGAUCCAGUUUCCAACAGGCUGCUGUUACAAAUGGAGCGUGAAGGCGGACAGAGAGGACGGGGUGUGUGGUAGGACGGACGAACCCCUGCUCGAG